UGCCAUUGAAGCUCAGAAAAAACACCAAGGCAAAUAUUUACAGAGUUCACAAAGCUUCCUAGCUAGUUUUACUACUUACCUUAAAACACUCAAAAAAUCUUGUCAGAAAUGGCUCCUCAAGUGCCCUCCGUGGAAGUUAUCCCAACCGGCACCGGGAAAAUCCCGGCCAUUGAUGCCGCCGACCACCCGACAAAGGGUUAUGUGACGUUCUUAGCUGGUAGUGGUGACUAUGUGAAAGGAGUGGUUGGUUUGGCUAAGGGUUUGAGAAAGGUUAAGAGUGCUUACCCUCUCGUCGUGGCGAUCUUGCCCGAUGUUCCUGAGGAGCACCGUGAGAUCUUGAGGUCACAGGGUUGCAUUGUCAAGGAGAUUGAGCCCAUUUACCCGCCCGAAAACCAGAUUCAGUUUGCCAUGGCUUACUAUGUCAUCAACUACUCCAAGCUUCGUAUUUGGAACUUUGAGGAGUACAGCAAGAUGGUGUACCUGGAUGCAGACAUCCAAGUGUACGAGAACAUCGAUCACCUGCUGGACACACCUGACGGCUACUUCUAUGCUGUAAUGGACUGUUUCUGCGAGAAGACAUGGAGUCACUCUCCACAGUACUCUAUAGGGUACUGCCAGCAGUGCCCUGAUAGAGUGAAGUGGCCUGCUGAGAUGGGAUCCCCUCCUCCGUUGUACUUCAAUGCUGGCAUGUUUGUGUUUGAGCCCAGCAAAGUCACUUAUGACAACCUUCUUGAGACUCUGCUCAUCACCCCACCAACACCAUUUGCUGAGCAGGAUUUCCUGAACAUGUUCUUCCAACCAAUCUACAAGCCAAUUCCACUGAUUUACAACCUUGUUCUCGCAAUGCUUUGGCGCCACCCGGAGAACGUAGAACUUGAAAAAGUUAAAGUUGUUCACUACUGUGCUGCUGGAUCAAAGCCGUGGAGGUACACUGGCGAAGAAGCGAACAUGGACAGAGACGACAUCAAGAUGCUGGUGAAGAAAUGGUGGGAUGUUUACAACGAUGAGUCACUUGAUUUCAAGGGUGAAGAUGGUGUUGCCGGGGAAGAGGCCUUCUCCAAGCCUUCAAUAAUGGCUUCCAUGCCCGAACCUGCGGUUUCUUACAUCCCUGCCCCUUCUGCUGCUUAAGUUUGAACAAGUGAAGGAGUUUAAUCUGCAAAAAUGAUGCAACUCCAACGCACGUACGUCUUAUCAUGUUAACUAAAGUUUUCUGCUUUUGGUGUGUAACUGAUCAAGAAUAUGCAUAAGUUUGGUGCUGUCUGAUUCCGUCUGAUCAUAUGUAAUCUCCUAGCAGUAAAGAAAUGUAAUUGUUCUGCUGCAAUUAUUAUCAACUUUUCUCUGUUAUACUAUUAGCAAA